AUGCCUCCCAAGAAAGCAACCAGCGCGUCCAAGAAGGCUGCGCCUGCUGCCCAUUCCUCCUACCGCGAUAUGAUCAAGGAUGCUAUUGUGAACCUGAAAGAGCGCAAUGGUAGCAGCCGCCAGGCCAUCAAGAAGUAUGUGCAGGCCAACAACAAGAUCAACGUCGCGUCUCAGAGCGCCUUUGAUGCCCAGUUCAACAAGGCUCUCAAGACCGGCGUUGAGAAGGAAGAGUUCACCCAGCCCAAGGGCCCCUCUGGUCCCGUGAAGCUCGCGAAGAAGGAUGCUGCGGCUAAGCCCGCGGCCAAGCCUGCCGCGAAGCCUGCUGCAAAGCCCGCUGCUAAGACCGCCAAGAAGGCUGCCCCCAAGACCGCCGCCAAGAAGGCCGCUCCCAAGAAGGCCACGGCGAAGACGGCCACCAAGAAGACCACGACCAAGAAGACGGCCGCUAAGCCCAAGGCCAACUCUGGCAAGGCCCGCAAGACUUCCACUGCGGCUCCUGCCAUUGUCGAGCAGCCCAAGGUGAUCAGCAAGACCAAGUCGGGUCGGGUCACCAAGACCACCGCUCCGCCGCCAUCCAAGGCAGCUCCCAAGAAGCGGGCUACCAAGAAAUAG